UGUCACUGCCCUGAUACUCCCUUACUACGCUGUCACUGCCCUGAUACCCUCUAUCUGCCCUGUCACUGCCCUGAUACUCCCUUACUACGCUGUCACUGCCCUGAUACCCUCUAUCUGCCCUGUCACUGCCCUGAUACUCCCUUACUACGCUGUCACUGCCCUGAUACCCUCUAUCUGCCCUGUCACUGCCCUGAUACUCCCUUACUACGCUGUCACUGCCCUGAUACCCUCUAUCUGCCCUGUCACUGUCCUGAUACCCCCCAACUGCCCUGUCACUGCCCUGAUACUCCCUUACUACGCUGUCACUGCCCUGAUACCCUCUAUCUGCCCUGUCACUGCCCUGAUACCCCCCUGACUGCCCUGUCACUGCACAAACGCCAUGUGCCGGUCCUCCCAGGCCCGCGGCUCUGGUAGCGCAGCCACGUUCCUAGCUGAUGGCUCCAGUCCAUGUUUGGGGCGACUCCGCUUCCACGGGGGGUUCCGGCUGCUCCGCCAGGACCUGGAGAGGAGGAUUGGAAAUGAACAUCUCCAGGAAGUCUCCAAGUGACCUCGCCUCCCUCUAUCUGCUUCUGCCCUUCUGACGGUCUUCCCCGAGCCCCCAGUGUCUCUCCCUCCCUCAAACUAUCACUUUCCCUCUCUCCGAGCAAAUCCCUUUGCCCACUUUGCCGCUCCUUGUCCAGACAAUCUUGCCCCAACCCACCCACUAGCCCCUCACCACCCCCACCCCCCCAUCCUGCGCCCCCAGUACUUGGCACUGUGUACGAAGACCAGCUAAUACAAAACAGAUACCACCACUACAAUAGGUACGUAAUAAUUAUUCCCCAUAUCUGGGAGCUGUUUGCAGACACAGGGAACGGGGCGGGUCAGAGAUCCUGCUCAUUCGCUAUUGGAGCCUGUGUUAUCGCUGGUGUCCGUGGCAAUGUGCGGACACUUCGUCGUGUGAGAGACACUCUGCACUCAAUGGAAAGAUCUCACCUUUUAUCUGCCGCUGGGAGCUGUGUUCAGAAGCUGGGAGCGAGCAGCAGUCGGCGGCUGUGCUGUUAGUGAGGGGCCCUGCUGCUGUGACAUGCUCUAAGAUGAAGGUAUGGAAGGUAGUGGUGGUCGCCUCAAUGCUCUUCAGUACCAUAUUUUCAGCUCUUGUUUUCAGAAACAUAUCCAUUAGAGGGAGAACAAUUACUCCAUCCUCAUCAGAAGAGCAGCAGUCCCAGGACCCAAGACUGCCACCCAGCCCCCAGUCUUACAAAGUGAAAUGUAAGGGACCAGUACCUUUCCCUGACACAUGUGGAAAGGUACAUAUAGAUAAGAACAUAUUUAAAACCCACAAUGAUGAGGAGGCCAAGGAGCUGGUUCGAGCCUUGAUUCAAAGAUAUAGAAGAUCACCGGAUUCGAAGCACAAGAGUCGGACUUAUUCUCGAUUAGCGUUAAGAAGUAAGAGAGCAAAAUCAAGAGCGACCAAAGGGUGUACCUUGAAAGAGAUCAAUGUGACUGUCAGUGAUCUGGGGUUCGCCCAUGUCUCAGAGGAGGUAGUGCGCUUCAGAUAUUGUACCGGAUCUUGUGAUGCCGAAGAGAAAAACUAUGACCUGACUCUGAAAGCCUUGAGAAAUUCAAAGCGAAUUAAAAAGGACAAGGUCCGAGCACGGCCAUGCUGUCGGCCUACGCUUUAUGACGAUGACGUCUCUUUCCUGGAUGAGAACUUUCAUUAUUACACUCUUCGACAACUCUCAGCGAAGGAAUGUGGCUGUGUUUGAGGGACAGACCACACGUUGCAAACACGCAUGUCUCUUCCUCACAAUGAACAGGAGCCUUCAGACCUUGCUCAGCUCUGAGCCCCAGUCAGAGUGUCAUUUCUUGGCGAGAUGUCUACAGGAGGAGACGAGUAGCUUGAAGAUGCGGAGGGAUCAUUAAUCUCCAGCCCUUUGAGAUGAAGAGUUAGAGUGCAUCAAGGACUAACAGCUUCAUCAAAGAACUUGUCAGCACAGUUUUGUUUGCCAUACUAUGUGGCCUUUUGUUUCCAAAUGUGCUAUAAAGCGCAGUUCUAUGGCCAGACUUGUGUCAGUGGGAAUGUGGGUUUCGUUUGCAGUUGACUCUCUUGUACUUUUCACCAGACUCAAUGGAUUUCACAAUUCAGGAUGGUAAUCCCAGGGUCACAGUCUGAGUAGAAGGAAGAUGCUUUGAAUAACUUCACCCUCUCUCUCCCUGUUAUUCCCCUUCCCUACUAUAUAUAUAUUUCACAUAUAUAUAUAUAUAUAUAAUAUUUUAAAAAUGCGACCACGAUUCUCAUUUAACUGGCCAGUGAUGCAGAACUUCAGGAGAUCUUGCUUUCCUGAACUUACAAGGAAGAAUUUUAAUGCUCUUAGUCUGUGCCAGAGCGAGCAGACUGACUGAUGCUGAUAAGCAGGCACCUGUAAAUCAUAAUGACCUGAAUCCCAUCAAGUUUUAAGGAUUAAAUCAAACAAAUUAUUAGAGGAUUGUACUGGGUCACGGUGGCACUAUUGCAUUGCUAGUCCGCUAAAUCCCUUGUAAAAUGAUCAAACCAAAGUUGAUUAACAUUCAGUGAAUGUAGGGUGUGAAAUUCCACCAAGUUGUUAUUUUCGACAGGCACAGAAAAUGUGGAUAAAAUUCAGAAUUCUGCAAUGUUACCUGACUAAAUAAUAAGUUAGGUUAUUUGUAUACUCACAGUAUGAGAUAUAAGCAGUAGAUACACAGCAGUAACUUUCAUUCUCUUUGUCUUCCAUUAACUACAUCAGCCCUUUUCAAUUCCAUUGCCUGUGCUGAUUCCAUUGUCCAUUCUCUCUGUUCCUCCCAUUUCUGUUAAGCUACUAUCUCAAUUUGGCUCAGUGACCACCAUGCUUUCUAUGGUCUAAUAUAAUUCAGUGUGAUUUUAAUAAUGAAGAUUUUCUUUGUUCUUAAGGUCACUGGCAAAGCCAGCAUUUAUUGCACAUCCUUAAUUGUGCCUGGGAGGAUGGCAGUAAGCCACCUUCAUGACUUGCAGCAAGUUCUUAUGAAAUUCCAUUAUCUUCCAUUUUAAUGAAGAUACUUCAGGAUAUAUGCUACAUUAGAACAACAGACAAGCAAACAUGAUGUCAACAUUGACAUUCAAUAUUAAAAUCACAGCAUGAUUUCAAUCCAGUCAUUUUAUACUGAAAGGGCAUUUAACAAUUACUUGUUUCCCACACGGCAGGGAUAUGAUAUGGAGCCAGUAAGUACAAUAAAAAGGGAAAGUAUCCAGAAUCUUUGCAAGACUUUCUGAAAUUCAUCUACAGAUAGGUACAUUUCUCAUUAAAAUUGCACAUUAAGUCAAAUCAACAACACAUUUCCUUCACACUUUAAUACUAAUGCAGAAUCAUUAUGCUUUUUUUCAUAACUAUUCUUUAUUGUUUGUGUUGCAAUGUAUGGUACCAGCACCUGGUUCCCACUUGCACCAAUCCUGGUACCAAUAUUCCCCACAUGUUGCUCUCUAGCAUCUGCACAACUGACACUGCUGCCACCACCAAGGGUGGUCCUGGAAUUAUCUAAACCACUGCUGCUACAAUUGUGCUACCGAUAGUUCUGGUUUGAACAUUAAUCCAUUAUACCAAUUGUAACAAAUGAAAGGGAUAGAUGGUCCAUUGAAGAAUAGAGUAGGCGUGCUCCAGAUAAUAUACCAUUAUCAUUGUAUUAUACACUAACAGGAAGGUAAACUAGAUGGACCUUAAUCAUUUUGAGUAUGGCAUUCCCAUGUUACAGAAGGCCCAUGGGGGAAUGCUUGUGCCACUAGGACGACAGUCACAGGAUUGGCAAUGCAACCCCAGAAGCUUGACUUACCAGCACUAACUUCUAAUUGUUUCCUAAAUUUACCAGAAAUAUUAAGAGGGAAUGAGCUCAAGUCAAUGUUCAUAACAUUUUAUUAAAACAUACCAAAAUUAACAAAUUUUAGUGUAGUUUUCCACAGUUUAUUUAAAAUUCUUAACCAGAUUUCAGUAUGUACCCUGACUAACUGCAAGUGCCAUAGAGUUUGUCAUCUGAUCCCACCCCAUGAUUUGUAAUCAUGCCUUGGCUCACAUAAUAUUCUCAUCAAAGUAUUGAUCCUCCCUCUCCCUGCCCCCAUUUUCUGCACCAACCUUCAACAAUUUGACCAUUGAAACGCAGGAUCCAAAAGGAAAAACCAGUAACAUUUGGAAAUAAUGGAACUGGUCCAGACUUGACUUGUAUCACUGAAUGGAAAUCCAGUACCAUAAUUUCUAAGUUGUGCUUAUUUUCACUCCUGAAGUAGCAGAGCAGAAAAAUAUAAAGUGAAAUGAUUACAUAACUUAUGUUAAAUUAGUGUAUCAAUGUAAAUAGUUGGGACUAUCCAGUCACAAACCUAACCUACUGACAUUCUUAAAUUGGUGAAAUAGCUCCACUUUGGAACUAUCCACAAUACAUUCACUUCAUCCAAAACACUCCAUUUCCAAGGUUGUUUAUGAUAAAUCAUUCCCGUCUAGCAAAUCAACUUAUUGCAAAAUCUAAUUAAAAUUAACAUUGAUGUCGUACCCCAUGCAGUCACACCUUCUGUGGUACAGAACUACAGUGAUCCCAGCCGCAGUGUUUUUGGCCUCUAUCCUAACUAUCCAAGAAUUCUAUUUUUAUGACUGGGCAGUAGUUAGAAACUUAUAUACGUUACAUACAUUAGCUUAACAUCGUUGGAUAUGGUCCCUUCUCAAACAUUACCUUUUAACAUAUGACUGUUUGGAAAGAUAAACAAGUCAUUAAUUAUUUCUAACUGUUAGACUUUAUUUCAGGGAGCUAGGUCAGGUCAACCACAGGAAGAGACAACACAAUACUAACCCAUGGAGUUGCAGUUCCUGUAUUAAUCCAGUCUUAUGGUCACAAUGCAGAGAGAGAGAGAGAGAGAGAGAGGGCAUUGAGAAGUUCUGUUGGAAUUUUGAGGUUAGAUAUUUUUGAUGUGAAGUCACCCUUAGGUAGAGCGCUGGAUCUAGGCACAGAUUAAUGGUUGACCCUUAACUGACAUGGAUGCUAUGACCUGGCAGGAGAUUUCAUGAACACAAAAAGGUGGAAAACAAACUACACAGUUGACACAGGUCAUUAUUAAAAAGGAGGCAGGGACAAUAAAUGUUGUUUGGCAACCUUGUAAUGGUAAUGGAGCAUUGUGUGAGGAUUGCUGUGUUCUCUUGCUUUAUAUUCUCAUUUUUAAACCAAAAGCACUUAAACAUUUACCUCUGAAAAACAUAACUGUACAAAAUCAUCUUCUUUCCUGCCUCUGGUGUUGGACAACCAUGACCGACUGAAACAAUUUGAUGCAAUGCAUCGGUGUCAGUGAAACCGUCUAUUUAUUGGAGAGUAAAUUAUGUUAUUUAUUUAGUAUUAUUACAAACAAACAAUCUGUUUAUUUAUUUGAAACAGUAUAAUGUGCCAAAGCAGAGUUCCUUUCAUUACAGUCUCUUCCUAUAUUACCUGUCGGAUACAUUUGUUGAAUUAAAAA